AUGAUUAAAAUUGAAUCUGGAAAAAAGUUCAUUGAUCAAUUUGGUGCUGACAAUGUUGCUUCUUCUUUAGCUUUGGAGUUGGGUUGCAAGGUUGAGAAAUUACCAAUUAAGUAUUUAGGGCUGCCUAUAGGAGCUACUUCUAGAUGUGCUUCUGUGUGGGAUGAAGUUAUACAAAGAAUGGAGAGUAAACUUGCUGCUUGGAAAAAGAAAUUUUUAAAUAAGGCAGGUAGAUUGGUGUUGAUUAAGAGCUGUCUUGCAAGUUUGCCUGUGUACUUUCUGUCUUUGAUUCAUAUGCCAGUGGAGGAUAAUGUUUCUUUUAAAUUGAACAAUGGAAAAUAUAUUAGGUUUUGGUUGGAUGAAUGGUCUAGUCUGGGAAAGCUUAAGGAGAGAUUUGCAGUCAUUUACAAAGCAUGUAGAAAUAAGACUGCUUCAGUUGCAGAGAUGGUUGUGGAUGGAAGCCUAGUUUGUGAUACCAGGAGAAGGCUAACAGCUGCAGAGCAGCUAGAAUGGGAUAUGUUGUGUAAUGCUUUGGGACCAGUUCACAGUUUAAAUGAAGAGGAGGAUGAGGUUGAUAUUUUGGGAGCGUUUUCAGUUAAGAAGUGUUAUGAGGCUCAAGUGCAAGAGGUGGAGGAAGACUGUAAUUUUCAUAAGUAUUUGUGGAGAAAGAACAUUCCUUCUAAGGUUAGUUUCAUGUUGUGGGAUAAUUUCCACGGUUCUCUACCUACAAGGAGUAUGUUACAACAUAGAAGAGUGGAGAUUGAGGAUGUGCAAUGUUUGUUUUGCAAGGAGCAUGAAGAGACUGCUGAUCAUAUGUUUAUUCAUUGUCAGUAUGCUUUUGAAGUUUGGUCCUAUUUCACUAAAGAUUUUAAAAUUUCAUGGAUUUUUCCUUCGACUGUGGAGAGGUUGUUUGAGAUGUGGAGUUUUAAUGUCUUAAAUGGCAGAUGUAAAGAGGUUUGGUGGAAAAUGAUUUAUGCAGUACUGUGGCACUUGUGGAAGGAAAGAAAUAGUAGAGCUUUUGGAGGGAGAGAAAUGGAUGUUUAA